CGCCGCGCCUGGCACGGUGAGCUGUAACCUUUCCUCCUUCCUGCUCCAAGCAGCUGCUGAGAGCCAGAGUGGUUGAUCAGUAAGCUGGGACGAGACACCCAGGCUGCAGCCAGACCCUAAGUCAGAACUGGGAGAGGCCUUAGAUGUCAUUGGUUCCUGGUGCUGGUUGUCUAGACACCUUGUUCAGCCUCAGUCUGCACCGCUGGAAAAUGGGAGGAAUCAUCGGCUUGGCAAAAACGGCAACCUCUGGCAACACAAAGGCUCUGCCAGGAGACAGCCUUGGCACACAGGCACAAGGGCUGGAGCCCAGAGAUGAGAGUGCCCAGAGGAGCCAUCCUGCAGGUCUUUGCCAUCUUCUUACUUCUGACUUGUCGGCUUUGAGCUGUUUUCUUCAGGCGAACAGCUCAGCCUUGGCCUGGUCUGAUCGAGGCCUGCCACUCUGGCUGUGCGACCUUGGAUGUGAGCCUGGCAGGCUGCCCGCUAACCUGUCGCUGAAGCCCCAGAAACGGGCCCCCAGGCUGGGCCUGCGACGCCCCCGGCCCAGCAUGCGCCUGACAGUGCGGAGGGUGCUGCUGGCGGCUGGCUGCACCCUGGCCCUGGUGCUGGCAGUCCAGCUUGGGCAGCAGGUGCUAGAGUGCCAGGCGGUGCUGGCGGGCCUGCGGAGCCCCCGGCGGGCCAUGCGGCCGGAGCAGGAGGAGCUGGUGAUGGUGGGCACCAACCAUGUGGAGUACCGCUACGGCAAGGCCAUGCCACUCAUCUUCGUGGGCGGCGUGCCCCGCAGUGGCACCACAUUGAUGCGCGCCAUGCUGGAUGCCCAUCCCGAGGUGCGCUGCGGCGAGGAGACCCGCAUCAUCCCGCGCGUGCUGGCCAUGCGCCAGGCCUGGUCCAAGUCUGGCCGUGAGAAGCUGCGGUUGGACGAGGCGGGGGUGACCGAUGAGGUGCUGGACGCCGCCAUGCAGGCCUUCAUCCUGGAGGUGAUCGCCAAGCACGGAGAGCCAGCCCGCGUGCUCUGCAACAAGGACCCAUUUACGCUCAAGUCCUCGGUCUACCUGUCACGCCUGUUCCCCAACUCCAAGUUCCUGCUGAUGGUGCGGGACGGCCGGGCCUCCGUGCACUCCAUGAUCACGCGCAAAGUUACCAUUGCGGGCUUCGACCUCAGCAGCUACCGUGACUGCCUCACCAAGUGGAACAAGGCCAUCGAGGUGAUGUACGCCCAGUGCAUGGAGGUGGGCAAGGACAAGUGCCUGCCCGUGUACUACGAGCAGCUGGUGCUGCACCCCAAGCGAUCCCUCAAGCUCAUCCUUGACUUCCUUGGCAUCGCCUGGAGCGACGCUGUCCUCCACCAUGAAGACCUCAUUGGCAAGCCCGGUGGUGUCUCCCUGUCCAAGAUUGAGCGAUCCACGGACCAGGUCAUCAAGCCUGUUAACCUGGAAGCGCUCUCCAAGUGGACUGGCCACAUCCCUGGGGAUGUGCUGCGAGACAUGGCCCAGAUCGCCCCCAUGCUGGCUCGGCUUGGCUAUGACCCCUAUGCAAACCCCCCCAACUACGGCAACCCUGACCCCAUCGUCAUCAAUAACACGCACCGGGUCUUGAAAGGGGACUAUAAAACACCAGCCAAUCUGAAAGGAUAUUUUCAGGUGAACCAGAACAGCACCUCCUCCCACUUAGGAAGCUCGUGAUUUCCAGAUCUCUGCAAAUGGCUUCAUUGCCAAGAAGAAAAGAAACUGCAUUUAAGUGGAAAUCGGACCUCUAAUCCAAGCAUAUUGCUUGCUGUUAAUCGCCAAAACAGGACUGCUGAUGAGGAAUGUAUUUGCAUAUGUCUGCAAAAGCUGAAUCAUUGAAAACGUACCUUGAAACUCUCUAUCUUUGGACACUCCGGGGUAGAGGACAAAGGGUAUGGAAGUAGUCUGGCUUUUGAAAGUUAGGUAUUUUAUAUGUUUCCCCUCGAGAACUUCUUUUUAAGGGUGCAUUUGCCACCCUCCUUAAUGUGCAGGACUGCCUUGGUGGCUUUGUUUGCUGGGACAAGGCCCACACAACCUGUGCCUCUCCUACUGAUCCUUACUUUGAAUUCGAAGAAUCUAUUUAAGAAUUUAAUAUAUGAGGCUUUCUUUGAUUCCUCCUCAGUUCUACCUAGUCUCACAGAGAAAAACAACAACAAAUACAAUUUGAAUAAAGUGAACAUGGGUUCA